GGGCUGGACUAAUGGGCGCCCUCUCCCCACCCAAAGCGGCGCGGUGAUUGGUCAUCCCUGCACGUCAAUCUUCGCUCGGUCUGAAGCCGUCGCGGCUUUGCCGUGUUGACGGUCCGAGCGGCGGUGGUCGAGCCAGCUCUUCGCCAUGAGGAUGAUCGAGAGCGCUGAUGCCACCGUCGCCAGGUCCAGCGAAGACCUCUGGGCUGAAAUCUGCUCCUGUCUGCCCCGGCCAGAGCUUCAGGACGACAGCGAGGCGUUCACAGACUCCUUCACGGAUGCGUACGCCGAUGGGGGAAGUCAGAGCAAUGUGUCCGGAGGCUCUUCCCAAACAAACCUCAAGCCCUGGGCUCCCCUGAAUGAUUCAGAGGUGUAUUUGGCAUCCCUCGAGAGAAGACUGAUGAGAAUAAAAGGUUUGUCUCAAGAGGUGACCUCCAAGGACAUGCUGCGUACUCUUUCCCAAGCUAAGAAAGAAUGCUGGGACAGGUUCCUGCAGGAGAAGUUUGAGUCUGAAUUUUACGUAGAGGGACACGAAUCUGAUGAGAGCACAUUAGAGCAUCUAAAGCGCUGGCUACAGCCUGAUAAAGUGGCAAUCAAUACUGAAGAAGUACAGUACCUCAUCCCUCCAGAAUCACAGGCAGAGAAGCAGGAGACCGAAGAACCUCCAGCUGCUGAGCAGUGAGAUACAAGCCAUGCCUCUCAUCCAAACCCCAACGAAGCUGUGUGCAGGAACAGUAAUAAAUAACCCGAGUGGGGGAGGGAGGCAUAAGCACGUAUUGUCAGUCAUUUAAAAAAAUGAAAGAAAGCAAAGACAACAACAAAACUGCUCUGGACCUCCAGAGAUAUUGACUGGCAUUCGUUGUAAGAGUGAAACAGCAUACAUUGAACUGAAAUCCUACUUCAAUCUAGUCCCAACCUGUAGCAACCUAAUCAUUCCAGCAUGAAUGUGAAUUGUCUGUAGCUCGUCAGGAGGCACGCUGAACAAAAGAAAGAGCAGUUGUUCAGAAGCAUCAGAAAACAUAAUGGUCUAGAAUAGAACAGAUAAACCACUGAAUCAAUUUUUUUUUCCUGUCUUGUACCUCUUUGAUCACUAAAUUGGGUAUUCUUUUCUUGCAAAGUUCACUGUGUUUUCUAUUGAACUUCACUGUUUAUGAUUGAGCUGGCCCUGAGCUGUGCCUGGAGGAGGACAGAUACUGUUCACCUACCUGAACUUUGAGUCCUAAAGGAAACUGUCACUGCAGUCGUUAAAUUGAUGAUAAUAUUGAGAUUGUAGCAACAGGAGACUACUUAACAUUCCUGUCUUUGUAAUGUUCCUUCCCACUAUAUUGGCCAUCCAAACUCUGAUAGAGAACGAGCUGGAGAGGGAGUAUUUUUAUUAUCGGUCAUGUUGUAUCUGUUUCUCUCAUCAACUUCCGCCCCUCCAGGGGAGGGUCAGAUGAGUUCCUACAUCAGGAAAACAAGUGUGAUAACCAAGGAGGCUACAAAUAGCUUGUUUUCAUCACAAACUAGCACAGAAUUAUUUGACUUUAUAUUCUAGUAUGUGCAUAUAUAUAUAUAUAUAUUAUAUUAUUCAAUCCUGUUUCCUCUACAGAGGGUUGUUUCCCAUUAUUAAUCAAAGAAUCAGCAAUUGUGUACUUGUAUAAGACUAAUGCUUCUGUGAGCUGUGCUUUCUGUCUUAGCAUUGACACUAAAGGUCGAUAGAGGGAAGCAGUGUACAUCUUCUGUCAGAUAAAGCUCUUUAGACAGAAAUUGCAGGGGUAGUUCUAGCAGCUUAUGCACGCUAGCCUGUUCAUUAUGUAUCUAUGAAAAUACAUUUUUAAAAGGAGCUCCUUGGUACCACCUUCAUUGUUUCCUGUCACUGUACAAUUAUAAAUGGUGCUAUUGUUUCAUCCCCUGACAGCUGUUAUUCUGUUGCUGCUUCUUCAGUGUCGUGACUUGGUGUUUGCCCACACAAUCAGCCUUACCCAUGUAACCACCCACCCCAGCCUUGCCAUUUACUAAAGAAGUCACACUCAGAGGUCUCCAUUAGAACAAACACUGAGGUUUGAGAAAUAUGGUGAAUCACAUGAAUGUCAGUGAUAUAGGACCUACAAAGAUCUGGCAGUGUUGAAAAGGGUCUCUUUGUCAUCUUUUAAAUGUCCCUAUUAAUUUAUCUCUAAAAAUAAGUCUGCUAUGCUGUACAGUCAGAUAAUGUGCUGUAAAUACUCUCACCUGUGCUGUCAAGCUGUAAUGAAGAUGCUUUUGAGUAUUUAUCAGAAAUGGUAUGUACAAAGAGAAAAAUGCAGUUUCUUUUUCUGUUCCCAGGCUAUUUUACAGUCAAUACCCUUCCUUCUUGUGAUUAACAGUGGCUGUGAAGAUGCUUUAUAUCAUCUUGUCUAUUCCCAUUAAAGCUAUCUGAGCAAGAAAUGUA